AUGUCAGACAUUUACAAGUAUAGCUUAGAGGAAUUAGACCAGUUGGAAGGUGAUGAAAUAAGAUUGGAGAAAUUUGAUAGCACUGUAUGCUGGAAAUUGGGCUCAAUUGCAAGAGACUUAUCUCUUGAAAGAUAUCCUAAGAAGGCAGUUGUCAUUGACAUUUCAUUGUCUUCUGGGCAAGUAUUAUUCCAUUCGGUUACUAAUGAUGGUACUGCAUUAGAUAAUGAUCAAUGGAUUGCAAGAAAAAAGAGAACAGUAUUGAGGUUUGGUAAAUCAAGUUUCUAUAUUGGUCAAAAGCUUAGAAUCAAGGAGCUUCCCAUGGAAGAAGCACUUUUUGUUUCACCAAUUGAUUAUGCCAGCCAUGGGGGCAGUGUCCCAAUCAGAGUUAAGGGUGUUGAUGGAGUUAUAGGUACAUUAACAAUCAGUGGCUUGGCCCAAGAAGAAGAUCAUUUGUUGGCAAUCGAAGUAUUAACUAAGGUAUCCAAGAAUUGA